AUGGCUGAUUCUGUAGUGGAUAAAAAAUCAAAUUCUACUGAAGAUGAUCAAUUGCCGUGUUCAACAAGCUCAUUAAGUCAUGUUAAUAAUAUAGAACAUAUGGAAGGUGUGGAUCAUGAGUCUCCUGUACAACAGAAUAUGGAAAGUGUGGAACAUGAGUCUCCAGUACAACAGAUAGAACAUAUGGAAGGUGUGGAUCAUGAGUCUCCAGUACAACAGAAUAAGGAGAGUGUGGAACACGAGUUUCCAGUACAACAGAUAGAACAUAUGGAAGGUGUGGAUCAUGAGUCUCCUGUACAACAGAAUAUGGAAAGUGUGCAACAUGAGUCUCCAGUACAACAGAAUAAGGAGAGUGUGGAACACGAGUCUCCAGUACAACAGAAUAUGGAAAGUGUGGAACAAGAGACUCCUGUACAUCAGAAUAUGGAAAGUGUGGAACAAGAGAUUCCUGUACAUCAGAAUAUGGAAAGUGUGGAACAUGAAUCUUCUACUCCUAGUGAUGAAAAAAAAAAAGAUUUUGAAAUUGGUGAUAUUGUUUGGGCUAAACUUGGAAGUUAUCCAUUUUGGCCCAGCAUGGUCUGUUACGAUCCGGAAACCAAUGUGUACAUUAAAGGAUCACUUGAGAAUAAAAAACAAUUUUCAUUACACGUACGAUUUUGUAAUGAUCAUGGCAGAAGAAGUUGGGCCAAAACCAUAGAAGUGUAUUCUGGAAAAGAAGAGUUUCUUUCAAAAUAUCCCAAUGGUUUAGCGUUCCUAAAAAAUAGUAAGAAGCAAAUGGAAGCGUGGGAUGGAGCAGUGAAAGAAGCUGAUACUUGGUUGAGAGUAAAUAAUAGAGAUGAUAGAAUGUUCAGAUUUUCAAUGAUAAAUGGUUUGACUCAUUCGAAAAUAAGUGGUUUGGGUCCCAAACCUACAAAUACUUUCAAAAUUCCAAAUACUUUCAAAACUCCAAAGACUUUAAAAACUCCAAAGACUUUAAAAACUCCAAAGGCUCCCACUCCAUCUACAUCUACUGGUAAAUCUUAUACAGUUCAAGAAUUUUUAGAUUUGCAAAAGGCUCUUAAAAUAUCAUCUCGACCGAGUACUAGUGGUUCUCAAGGGAUAACAUGUGUGGCUAGUACUAGUGGUUCUAACAUAAAUGCAUGCUAUGCCCAGUUAAAAGAAGCAAAAAAAAAAACUUUGGAAAACCCUAAGUUAGAAGAUGGGGCCAUAAUUUUAUCACUACCAAAACAACUAGACCCAUCUAUACCUGAAAUAUUUAAACCAAAACCUGCCAAAAGAAAACGUGUUGAUGCAAAACAAAAAGCGUUAAGGGAAGAAUUAAAGAAAAAAAAGGCCAAGAGAGCAUUGCAAGUUAAAAAAUAUGGUUUCUCUUAUUCAUCAUCCGAAUAUGAAAGUACUGAUGAUGAAGCUGAACCAUUAGUACCUUUUAAUCCAAAUCGGAAGGUGUUGGAAUCAAUUAAAUAUGCAGUACUGAACUUAGAAUCUGAAGGAAUGCUAAGAGAAAGGCAAAAAAGAGUUUUGAUUAAAGCUAUAAGGCUUGCUGAAAGAAGAAAAUCUAAGAAAAAUAAAGAGGAAGAGGAAGAGGAAGAACAAGAACAAGAACAAGAACAAUAA